AAGUUUAAACAGCAUGAAUAAUAAUAACCAAGCUCCAGCCGAGGAUCGGGUCGGGGAGAAAUGUCAGGCGACCCAGGUCAAGGGUUUCUCGGCGUACUUCAGUGAGUUGAGCCGGGGGAAGCGGGCGGUGGAGCACAGAGCAGUGAAGGAUCCUACACCGGUGGAGGAGCUCAGUCCGGCGGAUGUGUUCAUAGCGGUGAAAACCACCAAGAAAUAUCACCACACCAGGCUGGAUCUACUGCUGGACACAUGGAUCUCUACAAACAUGCUACAGACGUAUGUAUUCACCGACGGAGAGGAUGACAGGCUGAGGAAGAGGAUGGGGAGUCACAUGAUCAAUACGAACUGUUCAGCGGCCCACAGUCGCCAGGCUCUGUCCUGUAAAAUGGCCGUCGAAUACGACACUUUCAUCAGCUCUGGAAAGAAAUGGUUCUGCCAUGUGGAUGAUGAUAACUACGUGAACAUACGUCCCCUUGUGAAGCUCCUGUCUCACUACAGCCACGCCCACGACGUCUACAUUGGCCGGCCGAGCCUCGACCGACCGCUAGAAGCCACCGAGAGGUUUGGCGACGCCCACACGCGUCCAGUGCGUUUCUGGUUUGCCACAGGAGGAGCAGGGUUCUGUGUUAGUCGAGGUCUCGCCCUCAAGAUGAGCCCCUGGGCCAGUGGAGGUAAUUUCAUGACAACAGCUGAUCGUAUUCAUCUCCCUGACGACUGUACGGUUGGUUACAUCAUCGAGGCGUUGCUAGGGGUGGGUCUUAUCCGCUCCCCACUGUUCCACUCUCACCUGGAGAACCUUCAGCUGGUGUCACCGACACAGAUACACCACCAG